AUGGGCAUGAGUGAGAGGAGUGACGUCACAGUAUCUCUUAAUACAAUAUCGUUACGACAAGUAACGAAACCCAACAUCAAGUCCUCACCACACCUACCUAUAGCACAAUUGUCAAUAUUCGGCUGGGUGGUCAUUGGACCAGCUGGUAACUGCACUUGCACUGCCACAUCACUGACUAUAACCACGGAAGAGCUGGAAGAUAGCCUGCAAAACCUACUAUUACGAUUUUGGAUAAUAGAAGAAAUACCAAGGGAACCAAGCGGUCAACUCAAUCCAGAUCAACAGCAGCGUGAACAGUAUUACACAGCAAACCAAGCACGAGUAAGCACUGGAAGGUACAAGGUCAAACUCCCCCUCUCAGAAUCCCCUGAAACACUUGGCGACUCAUACUACGUGGCCCAUCAAUGCCUGGUACGCCUACAAAAACGAUUCACAAGGGACCACAAUUAUCGCACGCUAUAUGUUCAAUUCAUGACAGAAUACGAGAACAUGAAUCAUAUGCGAAGACUACCAGCAAACUACCAUUCGAACAAGAGGGCGUACUAUCUGCCGCACCAUGGCGUACUAAAACCGGACAGUUCUACGACUAAGCUAAGAGUCGUCUUCAACGGAUCAAGCCCAUCCUCAACUGGAUGA